UUGGUUGCGCGGUACUAGCGGUGCCCGCCGAAGGGGGAGGAGGCGGAGGAGCGAGCCGCGCGGCCAGAGCGGGAAAGCGGCUCGUCGCUGCGUCCGAGUUCUGGAGCCGCCGCACCGCGGCUCCCGGGGCUGCAGCGGGAGCUCGGAGGGGGCCGGGCGUCCGCUGUCACCCGGGUCCCCGCGUAGGACCCCGCGGGCUCGGGGAAGGGAGAAGAUGGAGGAGGGCGGCGGCGGCGGCGGCGGCGGCGGCGGCGCGGGGAGCAGCGGGGACGGCGGCGCCGGGGGAGAGCAGCUCCUCACUGUCAAGCACGAGCUGCGGACGGCUAAUUUAACAGGACAUGCAGAGAAGGUGGGGAUUGAAAAUUUUGAGCUCCUGAAGGUUCUAGGAACUGGAGCUUAUGGGAAGGUCUUUCUAGUUCGUAAAAUCAGCGGUCACGAUGCUGGAAAGCUGUAUGCCAUGAAAGUCUUAAAAAAGGCCACAAUCGUGCAAAAGGCCAAAACCACAGAGCACACGAGGACCGAGCGGCAAGUCCUGGAGCACAUCAGGCAGUCGCCAUUUUUAGUGACCUUGCACUACGCUUUCCAGACAGAAACCAAACUUCAUCUCAUUUUAGAUUAUAUAAAUGGUGGAGAACUUUUUACUCAUCUUUCUCAAAGAGAGCGUUUCACAGAGCACGAGGUGCGGAUCUAUGUUGGAGAGAUCGUGCUUGCCCUCGAACAUCUCCACAAGUUGGGAAUUAUAUACCGUGACAUUAAGCUUGAGAACAUUCUCCUUGAUUCUAAUGGCCACGUGGUGCUGACAGAUUUUGGUCUGAGUAAGGAGUUUGUGGCUGAAGAAGCUGAAAGAGCAUAUUCCUUUUGUGGGACUAUUGAAUACAUGGCACCGGAUAUUGUCAGAGGGGGAGAUUCAGGACAUGACAAGGCAGUUGACUGGUGGAGUUUAGGUGUUCUAAUGUAUGAGUUACUAACUGGAGCAUCUCCUUUCACUGUCGAUGGCGAGAAAAAUUCCCAAGCUGAGAUAUCUAGGAGAAUAUUAAAAAGUGAGCCUCCAUAUCCUCAAGAAAUGAGUGCUUUAGCUAAAGACCUAAUUCAGCAUCUUUUGAUGAAAGAUCCCAAAAAAAGAUUGGGAUGUGGUCCACGUGAUGCGGAUGAAAUCAAAGAACAUCUCUUUUUUCAGAAAAUAAAUUGGGAUGAUUUAGCCGCCAAAAAAGUGCCCGCGCCAUUUAAGCCAGUCAUCCGAGAUGAAUUAGAUGUGAGUAACUUUGCAGAAGAGUUCACAGAGAUGGAUCCCACCUACUCCCCAGCAGCACUGCCCCAGAGCUCCGAGAGGCUGUUUCAGGGCUAUUCCUUUGUUGCUCCUUCCAUUCUGUUCAAGCGUAAUGCUGCUGUCAUAGAUCCUCUUCAGUUUCACACGGGAGUUGACCGUCCUGGAGUGACAAAUGUUGCCAGGAGCGCGAUGAUGAAGGACUCCCCCUUCUAUCAGCACUAUGACCUGGAUCUGAAGGACAAGCCACUGGGAGAGGGAAGUUUUUCAAUUUGUCGGAAGUGCAUACACAAAAAAAGUAACCAAGCAUUCGCAGUCAAAAUAAUCAGCAAAAGGAUGGAAGCCAAUACUCAGAAAGAAAUAACAGCUCUGAAGCUCUGUGAAGGACACCCCAAUAUUGUGAAGCUGCAUGAAGUUUUUCAUGAUCAGCUUCACACAUUUCUGGUGAUGGAACUUCUGAACGGGGGAGAGCUGUUUGAGCGCAUUAAGAAGAAGAAACACUUCAGUGAGACGGAAGCCAGCUACAUCAUGCGGAAGCUCGUUUCGGCUGUCAGCCACAUGCAUGACGUCGGCGUGGUGCACAGAGACUUGAAGCCCGAGAAUUUAUUGUUCACUGAUGAAAAUGACAAUUUGGAAAUUAAAGUCAUCGAUUUUGGGUUUGCACGCUUAAAGCCACCAGAUAACCAGCCUCUCAAGACGCCUUGCUUCACCCUGCACUAUGCGGCCCCAGAGCUCUUGAAUCAUAAUGGCUAUGACGAGUCUUGUGACCUCUGGAGCCUGGGCGUCAUCCUGUACACGAUGUUGUCAGGGCAAGUUCCCUUCCAGUCUCACGACAAAAGUCUGACGUGUACCAGUGCAGUGGAAAUCAUGAAGAAAAUUAAAAAGGGAGAUUUCUCCUUUGAAGGAGAAGCCUGGAAGAAUGUAUCCCAAGAAGCUAAAGAUUUGAUCCAAGGACUUCUCACAGUUGAUCCAAAUAAAAGGCUUAAAAUGUCAGGCUUGAGAUACAACGAAUGGCUUCAAGAUGGCAGCCAGCUGUCCUCAAAUCCUCUUAUGACUCCAGACAUUCUAGGAUCUUCAGGAGCUGCUGUGCAAACCUGUGUGAAAGCAACUUUCCACGCCUUUAACAAAUACAAGAGAGAGGGCUUUUGCCUUCAAAACGUCGAUAAGGCCCCUCUGGCAAAGAGGAGGAAGAUGAAGAAGACCAGCACCAGCACGGAGACACGCAGCAGCUCCAGCGAGAGCUCUCACUCAUCCUCGUCCCACUCCCACGGCAAGACCACGCCCACCAAGACCCUGCAGCCCAGCCACCCCGCAGACGCCAGCACCCCUGACGCACUCUUCCAGUUCUCAGACUGAGCAGCGGGCCAGGGGAGGUCACCGCUGACCACCCCGCCCCGCCAGGGCCCUCAGUGUGCCCGAGGUCACCUCUCACGCUUUUAAAAACCUGUCCUGUUGGUCUUCUUUGGAAUCUGCUUCUUAGGGAGUUUUUUCAGGAAAACCCAGUAUGUUCCCCUCGUCCCAAAGCACUGGACAGAGAAUGUUACUGUGAAUAGAGCACCCUGUUAUACUGGUUAGUGGCCUAGCACGACGCCAACAGGACUGUUCUGGAAAGAGCAGAGGGUUUGUCCGCAGAUCUAACUAGGGACUGCUUAGGUGUGAGCUGCUUACUGAGUCGGUCGCAGGUUUUCCAGACAUUUGCCAGCAAGAGUCCCUUGUACUGUGAUGGUGACACUUUUCGCUUUGCCUUGUGGCCAGCGUGGGUUUUUAAGAGAUUUGCACCCCUCCAACAGGGAUUUAUCAGAGAAAAAGGCCUGACAGUUUUCAAAAUGAAUCUGUAGUGAAUUUUAUGUGUGGCGUACACUUACUUCUUGAGAGAGGAUUUUAACUUAUUGUCUUUAUUUUAUGGUUACAUGUGAUGGUGACCUGUUAUUAUUAAUCUUUUUCUAAAAAGUAAAAACAAAAAAACAAAAGCAAAAACAAAAAAGUGCAGGAACUUAAGGUCCCAUGCUCUGUUAUUUGGGAUCCAUCUGAGAUGCAUGCUAAGCUACAUAUGUUUUUAAUUUUGCACUGCUCUUUCCUGGCAGUUUGUUUUAAUGGUUAUUGCAAAAUCUUAAGGUACAUGUCUCUGUUUUAAGUAAUAUUGCACUUUAUAAGAGAAUAUGGAUAAAGCAAACUAUUUUAUAAAGUGCACUGUUUAAAGCAUA